AUGACUACUGAAGAAUCGGAAUCGAUUGGAGAUGCAAAUACAACAAAUAAUGUUGAAACUUUAGAAACGAUUGAGAAGAAGAGGAAUCAUCCUCUUUAUCUACAUCUGCCUGAUACUCCUGGAUGUGUGUUAACUACAGUAAAACUCACAGGCAUGGAAAAUUAUUCGUUAUGGAGUCGAUCUAUGUUAAUCAAUCUUCAAGCAAAGAGUAAAGUUUGUUUUGUGUUGGGAACAUUAUCUAAGGAAUUACUAAGUGGAAUUGUAUAUGCUAAUGAUGCAGCUACAGUAUGGAGUGAUCUCAAGGAGAGAUUUGACAAAGUUGAUGGAUCGAGGAUUUACCAGCUACAUAGAGAGAUCUGUACAAUACAUCAAGGUAAUUUGAUUGUUUCUGGUUAUUUUACAACAUUGAGGCUAUUAUGGGAUGAAUUUAAUGCUUUUGUGCCUCCACCUUCAUGUAAUUGUGAUAAGUCAAGGAUUUAUGUGGAUCAACAAGCAUAUCUAAGGCUGUUUGCAUUUUUGAUGGGGUUGAAUGAUGGGUUUGGUCAAGCUCGUAGUCAGAUCUUGAUGAUGAACCCAUUGCCAAAUGUUAGUAAGGCCUAUGCUAUGAUAGUGGCAAAUGAAGGUCAAAGGAUGACUGCAGGCACACAAUCAAGGAGGGAAAUAAUGGAGCCUACUGCACUUUAUGCAGGAAGAGGAAAUUUCCAGAGGAAUAAUCAUACAGGAAGAGGAAACAUGCAGAGAAACAACAUGAGAACUUCACAGUUGAAGAAAAAAAUUGGGAUCAAAUAUGUGAUAUUGCAAGCUGUAGGAAAAAAAGAAGGUCAAGGAGUGAGAUCACAAGAGGUUUCAGCACUGGCAGCUCAACCUACUUUCACUCAAGGACAAUAUCAGAAAAUUCUGCAUAUGAUUGAUAAACAAGAAGUGGGAACUUUAGGAACCAAUAUAGCAGGUAUAACUGGAAUUAUUGAUACAACAUUGUCUGUAAAUUCUAUUGUGAAAGAGGGACGGAUAAUUGAUUCAGGAGCAACUUGUCAUAUGACUCAUAACCUGCAUAGAUUACAUUCUGAUGAUGACCAUAAGGAGUUGAGUGAAAAGAUGAAUGACAUGGAAACAAUAAUCCCACAGGAACAAACAUUUCGUGAGAUUAACAUGCAUAAUGACAGUGCAUGGAAUGAAGGAAAUGAAGAUGUUGGAGACAUAGAUAUGAUAAAUGAAGGUGCAGAGAAAAAUGUUGAUAUAUCUGUACCUGAUAUUAUUACUUAA